UUAAGGCCCAAAGAUGAGCCUUUUUCGUAUAUUCUUCUGUUUCUCAAAGUUGGAUUCUUUUCAUGGCGAUGCGUCUUCCUUUCCCGUCAACUCACCGCCGUAUCCCAACGCUUCCGAGCUUCGCCUCUUUCACCCCACGGAGGCGAAAUGUUGCGAUGGCAUCGGCAAAGAGAAGCCCUAAGCGUCUCAAAUACUCUACCCCUCGGUUCACAAAGGAGGGGGAGUUUGUGUCAAUAGAGGUGGACCCUUCAGGUGCUGAUUCGUGGAAACUCGAACCUGUUAUUGAGCUUCUCAAACAAGGAGCCGUUGGUGUUAUCCCCACUGAUACAGUCUAUGCAAUAGUUUGUGACUGUAAGAACCAUUCCGCUGUAGAACGUCUCCGAAGGAUUAAAAAGAUUGAAUCUUCCAAGCCACUUAGUAUCUUAUGCCGUUCCUUAAGGGACAUAGACACAUAUACAAUGGGGUUCCCUCGUGGCGAUGGUCAUGGUCAUGCCAACGUUUUCCGUGCUGUUAAGCAAUGCUUGCCUGGACCUUACACCUUCAUCUUGACUGCAAGCAAGGAGUUACCUAAACAAUGCGUAGGGUAUGGAACGACAAGUGUGAAAUACGCUUCGAGGAAGAAUGUGGGUGUACGCAUAUCAGAUGAUGCUGUCUGCCAAGCCAUUCUACAGUCCAUGGAUGCCCCUCUGAUUUGCACCAGUGUGAAAGGGCCAAAAGAAAACGAAUGGAUGAUUGAUCCAACCAUAAUUGGUGACAUAUAUGGACCAGAGGGUCUGGAUUUUCUGGUAGAUGGAGGUGUAAGAGUGGCUGAACCAUCAACCAUUGUUGAUAUGACAGGACCAUAUCCCAAGGUCAUACGUGAAGGCAAGGGGCCUAUAUUGCCAUGGAUGGUGGUUGAAGAGGAAGACGAAUCUAGCCUGCGCCAAGACCUUAUAGCUUCUGGAACUUGAACAAAACAAUACAGAGACCGUUUGUUUUGCAUCUAGACACGUACCUCCUUGUGGCUAAAGAAUCUGAAUUAUGUGAAUACUGACGUUAAUUGAAUAAUCCAAAAUCCACAAAAUGACGAAUAAUGUGAUUGUGUAGAAGGAAAUGUUGGUU